AUGAGUAAAGUUGACAUUCAACAAAAUGAUUGGAAGUUAUGUAGUGGGUGUGUUGAAAUAGGAGAUGGGAGUUUUGAGACAAGCACAAUUGAGUCAAUUGAUCUGAGCGAAGUUGAAAAGAUUGGAAAUCAUUGUUUCUUUUGUUGUAACAACUUGAGCAAAGUCAUAUUUAGUGAUAAAAUCACUUCCAUAGGUGAAUGGUCAUUCUGUGAGUGUCCAAGACUUUCAAUAAUUGAGUAUAACAGUCAAACCCCAUUGAAGACACAAAUCCCACAUUUUAUUCGAGCACUGAUUCAUAACCAUCAAAAGGUUUGUUCUAGCAAAGACUGUUAUUGUAAAGAAGACCAAAUUCAGUAUCAAGGAUCAAUACCAGAUGGUGUUGAAGUAAUUGAAAAGAAUGUAUUUAUGAGAGAAUAUUCAAUUAGAGAAAUCAAUAUCCCAUCCACAGUCACAGAAAUAAAGUCUAUGGCAUUUCAAUACAUGGAUAGUCUUACUUCAAUCACAUUAUCCAAACAACUAAUGAAGUUACCAAAUUACUUUCUUAGAGGGUGUAGAAGCAUUGAACUGAUUGAUACAAAAAAUGUCGAAGAAAUAUCAAAAGGAUGUUUUGAUGAUUGUCUUGAAUUAACCAGAAUAAAGAUUUCAAAUAACCUUCAUUCUAUCUCACCAAAGUCUUUUCUUAAUUGCUCUAAGUUAAUGAAAAUAGAUGUACAAGGAAUGCAAGAAAUGAAAGGUAAAAUAAGAUAUAAGAUAUAUUCAUUACUGAAAGAGGAAGGUGUUGUUUGUGAUAAUUGCUGCUUAAUUCAUGAUGAUAUUAAUGAAGAGGAAGAAAAUUUCAAUAUCCAAGAAGGAGUAACAAGAAUAGCUUCAUACUGUUUCAAUAGUAUGAAUAUCAAGAAGAUUUCUAUACCAAAAAGUGUGAGAGUGAUUGAAAAAAAUGCUAUUUACAAUUGUACAAUAGCUCAAAUGGAAGUGAGUGAUGUUAAUAAAAUUGAGUAUGAAAAGGGUUGUUUUAAUGGAACUGAAAUACAAAAUAAAACAUUCUCUGAAGAGUGUUUUAAUGAUUAUGAUGACUUAUAUUUCAUUGAACAAUUUAAUGAUGGAAUGAAUUAA